AUGGGAGCUCAAGUUACAGUCGAGGAUCUUCUCAAGCGCAAUGCGCAGAUCUCUCAAAACUCCUAUCCAACCCUUCCUGAAGUCCCAUUGCCAAACAUAUUUAUCGUAACUUGCUGCGAUCCUCGGGUUGAUCCAGUUGAAAUGCUCGGCUUAGAACGAUACGAAGCUACUGUUAAUCGCAGUCCUGCGGGUCGUAUAAGGCCACAUUUCCAGGGCCUCUUAUUCCUUGAUCAAAUCAUAAAGUUUUCCGAAAUCAUGAUUAUUCAUCAUACUGACUGCUCGGCUGCGGUGUUGAAAAGUGAUGACGUUCGGACGGCCUUGAAGACCAGUGCACCUGGGAAAAGUUCCGACAUUGACGACUUAGUGCUUCCGGGAUUUGAUGAGUGA